AUGACAAUUCUAAAGACCCAAUCCGAGUUCGGACAUGCGCCCCCACCGCAGACUCCUUAUAGUGUUAUAACAAACCUUCCCAGAUGGGACGUCGCUAAAGCUAUUCGCGAUGGCGAUCAUGCUCCUAUGAAGAGAGUGGUUCACAUCUACCCUCGCUUCGUAGCUACACAUUAUGCUGCUCAGCUUGGUAACGAGAUUGCAAAUCACGUUGGCCAUGCUGGUAAAGCUGCGUUGGUCUAUCUUAGCCCUGCGAUAUGGCCAUAUACUCUCCACCAUAUCACCCACUCGAACCGCGGCGAGAAUCGUGUAGCUGAACGUGAUGUGGUAUUCAAAUGUGUGGAAAUAUCUGGCCAUCGGCUAUACGUGAUUCUCUUUAAUCCAGCAACGAUGCCGGUCAUGAUGCUCACCUGGCAGAAUCCCGGCCUGGGGAUUUCUCUUCGUGGAGCCGAGCAGCUUCUCAAGGGUGUAGCUAACAUCAAGGAAUUGUCCUUUGAAGCUGGAAUGCAAACUCUUCCGUCGCCAAGCUGGACUCCUGAGAGUGAGGUUCAUGAUGCUCUUCGAGAUAGGAUCGUUGAACUUCUCCAUCGUGCUCCGAGAGACGCGAACAAGGUUAAAUGCACGUCUAGAGAUGUGUUUCUAUACCCAACAGGAAUGGCUGCCAUUUUUUACUCAAACACCCUCUUGACGAAGCAUCGUCCUGGCACUGUCGUCCUUCUAGGUGUCGUCUUUCAUAAUACAUAUCACCAUCUCAUUGAAGAGUGUCCACAAGGGAUGAAGCAUUUUGGAAGAGUUGAUUCUGAGGGGAUUUCUAUUUUUGAAAACUGGCUUAAAGGGGAGAAAGAUGCGGGUAGGUCUGUGAGUUAUGUUUUUGUCGAAGUUCCUGGAAAUCCAACACUGGACACUCCCGAUACUGCUCGUUUGAAGAGGCUUUCGGAGGAAUAUGACUUCUUCCUCACUAUCGACGAUACAAUCGGUGGCUUUGCCAACUUAGACGUCAUUUCCCACUCGGACAUUCUACUGUCAUCUAUCACAAAGUCCUUCAGUGGUUACGCUAACGUCAUGGGCGGUUCAGUCGUUCUCAAUCCUCUAUCAUCUCAUUACAAGACUCUCAACUCUCUAUUUCGGGAGUCUCACCAUAACGAGCUUUUCAUCGCAGACGCACAAGUGCUCCUUUCCAACUCGAGCGAUUUUCUUGAGCGAACGAGGAUUCUCAAUCGAAAUGCUCUCGCUAUGGCAAACUUUCUUGACAAGGCCAUAUCCUCUCCCAACUCUCCUGUCAUCAACGUGCAAUAUCCGAGCCUUCUAGAUAACAAGGCAAACUACGAUGCCAUCUUACGGGAAGGGACACCGGAUCUUCCAGAGCCAGGGUAUGGAUGUCUUCUGACUGUAGAAUUCUCUACUGUUGAAGCAGCUACAUCCUUCUAUAAUAGGGCUGGAUUUUACCCAAGUCCUCACCUCGGAGGCCAUGUCACGAUUAUGUUGCCAUAUAAUAUGAUGGUUUUCAGCAAGAAGCCUGAAGAGAAGGCAUAUAUGGAUGGGUUGGGCGUCAGAGAAGCGAGCGUACGUAUUUCAGCCGGGCUGGAGAGUGAAGAGGAUCUGAUUGAUACCUUACGAGAUGCGCUGAGGGCGGCAACAGACCUCGAAGGGUAG